GGUCGGUCCGUCACUCAGUCGCCAUAGAUUGAGCAUCACAGUGGUUAAAAAUGAAGUCAGUAUCUGCCGUACUUAUCUGUUCUCUGACUCUCAUCGGAACCCUAGCUUUCACUGAGGCUAAGAAAUCAGACAAGGAUUUGAAGGAAGUGACCCACAAAGUAUAUUUCGAUGUUGAAAUUGCUGGAAAGCCUGCAGGAAGAGUUGUUUUUGGUCUCUUUGGAAAUACUGUUCCAAAAACAGCAGAAAACUUCAGAGCAUUGUGUACCGGAGAGAAAGGAGUUGGAAAGAGCGGAAAGCCACUUCACUUCAAGGGAAGUAAGUUCCACAGGAUUAUCCCCAGUUUUAUGAUUCAAGGGGGUGAUUUCACUCGCGGAGAUGGGACCGGAGGAGAAUCAAUUUAUGGAGAAAAGUUCAAAGACGAGAAUUUCAAGAUCAAGCAUACUGCACCUGGACUUCUGUCAAUGGCAAAUGCUGGAAAAAACACUAAUGGCUCACAAUUCUUCAUCACAACUGUCACAACCAGCUGGUUGGAUGGUAAGCAUGUUGUAUUUGGAAAGGUGUUGUCCGGGAUGGACGUUGUUUACAAGAUGGAAGCUGAGGGCACGCAAAGUGGAUCACCAAAAAGCAAAGUUACAAUUGCCGAUAGCGGUGAACUACCUCUAUAAUAAUCUUAUAUUAUAGGUUUGAUCGGGUUAUCCUUUUUCUGUUAAUGAUGCCCGUUUUCUUUUCCAUAGAGAUACUCAUGUUAUGUAUCAGGCAUAAGUUUUAAUAGAACUUUUGAAGUUUUCCUUUGUUCUGAAGAAUUAGUCUCCGAUGCUGAGCUUAGCUGAAAGCCUGAAAGUCUCGGAAACAAGGCCUGUUUUUUUUUCCCACUGUAUCUGCUUUGACUUCAAGUAGCACAUAUAUAAACUUGUUUUUGGAUCCGUGAUAAAA